CUUCUCCCCCCACCUUUGCUCUUUGCUCGCUACAUACCAUAUGGAGCACUUCCAACAUACCGCCCAUAUCGGGACCCACUCCUUGAGCUACGCCUUACGAGGGAUUCCUCGACAGCCUGGCGCUCCGCUUGUGGUGGUUCUUACCGGGAUCACCAGCAGCGCGCUAGAAUGGAGCGCGGUGUGUCGAGAUCUCGAGCAGGAGGCAUCAGUGCUGCUGUAUGAGCGGACCGGCUACGGUCAGAGCGAAGCAUGCCCUACCGCUGAGCCGGAUUCCUUGACUAUAGUGGAUGAGCUGUCGCGACUCCUGGCAGCCGCCGCCCUGCCACCCCCGUACCUCGUGGUCGGUCAUUCAUGGGGCGGGAUUCUCGCGCGGGAGUUCCUUGCCGCGCGCGGGCCGGAGGUGAUCUGCGGGAUGGUCUUGGUGGAUGCCGUCCAGGAGCGGAUGCUCUUCGAGACAUGGCCCGAUCCGUCUAUCGCGGCCGUCACGGCGGGACUGGAUUAUAUGGAAGUCGUCGGGCUGACCCGCGAUCAUCGACUCACGGAGGGCGAGUGGGCAGAGCUGAUGGCGGAGGAAGCCAGCCCCCACCACACACAACAGGCCACCCGCGAGCUGCCCUAUCUGCAGGUCAGCCGGGGGAUUCUUGCCAACAAACAGCAACUUCUCCCUGGGCGUGAUCUCCUCCGCGGCCAGCCGCUUAGUGUGCUCCGGGGCAAUUCGCAUCGCGACCAGGAGCGCAUGUACCAUCGGGGCGUGGCCCAAGGAUUGGGGUCUGAAGCCGAUCGAGCCGCCUUUCGUCACUACCUGGAGCGCUGGGACGCGAGUGAGGAGGCCUUUCAGCGCGAACUCCUCAAUCUGUCGAGUAACGUGCGCUUCUCCACCACGAUGAAAAGUGGCCAUAAUAUCCAGAUCACAGAGCCAGAACGCGUUGCGGAUGAAAUACGCUGGGUCUUACAGAGGACUUCGUGUGUUACCAGGAAAUCCCCAGUUAUAUCUGAUACCUGAUCAACAGGCCUUCAAUCACGCAUGUGGAUAUCUUUACACUCUGCUAGUGUGAAUCAAGUUUGUUCUUAGCUUAUAUCGUCCGUAUCUCGAGUUCUCCGGCCGAUCCCAAGAGCGCGGAAUGGGUCGGACUUCGUCCUUUCACGGAAGUUGAAAGACUUUCUCGUCACAGACCUGGGGGAUGUAAAACUACUAGGAAAUGCACGGGCCAAGCCUUGAGAUGGAGAAGGGCUUAUCGGUGGGCUCAUAAUCUCAGCCCUGCCGUAAGUUACUUCACCAAUAUUGUUGUUAGUAUGGUGGAAAAGGUGCAGGGAUUGUAUACCUCUUAAUUCUUUGUUAACAA